AUGCGCGCCAACAAGUGUCCAAUUUCGGUGAAAUAUCACUUCACCCGACGGUGCAAUAAAGCCUGCGGCUUCUGCUUCCACACGGAGUCUUCUUCGCACAUCGAGCUCAUGACGAAUAUUAAACGGAGACUUGCCCUCCUCCAAGCCGCAGGGAUGCGGAAGAUAAACUUCGCCGGCGGAGAACCAUUUCUGUACCCGGUCCAACUGGGCCAGAUGGUCGACUACUGCAAGGAGGUACUCAGUCUUGAAUCUGUCUCGAUCGUCACCAACGGCAGCAAAGUUACGAGGCGCUUUCUCGCCCGACACGGACGCAACAUCGACAUCCUGGCCGUCUCAUGCGACUCAUUCAACGAGUCGAUCGAUAUCGCCAUCGGCCGCGGCUCCGGCAACCAGGUCACCAAGCUCUACGAGAUCCGGGAUCUCUGCCGGGAGUACGGGAUCAAGUUCAAGAUCAACACCGUGGUGUGCCGCCUCAACUUCCAGGAAGACAUGAACCAGCAAGUGGCAGAGCUGCAGCCGUUCCGCUGGAAGUGGUUUCAGGUUCUGCUCGUUGAUGGAGAGAACGAAUCGGAGCAACGUCUCCGCGAUGCACGCAAAUUCCUGAUCCGAGACGAGGAGUUUGCGCAAUUUUGUGACGUUCAUCGCCAUGGCCGUGCACCCUCUUCGUCAAUUUUGGAAGUUGUCCAAAAGGCGCUCGAGUGCGUUUAUUGGGAUGAGAAGAGCUUUAUCUCCAAAGGGGGGCUGUACGAUUGGUCCAGAGAUCAGAAGUCUUGUUCAGAACCUCAUAAGGAUCUUCAGUGGUAGCUGCGCGAUUUUCUGACAAAUCUUAUCAUGAUGUUCUCAGUGUGCAGUGUGGUAUAUGUUAUGUUCGGGGAGCGCUGAACGAAACCAGACACAAGGGACGAUCUCGUUGGUGCAAUUCGCGAAGUGACCCAAGACAUUGAUUUAUCUCUUUUCCGAGUUUAACAAAGGGGUUGCGUCAAGGGCAGAUCUCAUGCGUCUCUUUGCCUGUGGCUGCUCUUGAUAUAUACUAUUCAGUAAGCGUCCUGCAGCCUAGUACUCGGCUGAACCGCCCGUCGCAUUGCGCAUAACUGUAUGAUUUGCCAGGCAUCAUGUCGAGGAUAAUAGGAAUAGAUCUGUCAAGAAAGUGAUAAUAAUUUGCAGCUCAGC